GUGAAGCUGCCUUUUUUUUUUCUUGGGCGCGCUGCAAGCACUGACGCGCGUGCCAACGCCGAUAUCCAAAGCAGCUUCCAGAAGCGGCCCGCGCCACAACGAGUACUAGCAACAUUUUCAACGUUCGAUUUUGCUUUCUUUUCUCUCUCUCUCUCUUCCCUCCUAACAUGUUCGAACUUCUCCUACGAGGCUACCUCGUGUACCUGUCCUUUGUUCAGCCCGUUGUUUACGGUGCGCAGCUGUGUCAUUCGCCCAAUCCUGACCCCCAGCAGGUCACCAACGUCACAUUGACGCUCAUCUUCUCCUGGCUUUUGGAGGUGGCCGAUGUGGUCUUUCUCUCCUCCUUCAUCGCCAUGCGCUGGCUCUACGUGUGCGCGCGUAUCGUUCUGGCGUUGUACCUUGCACACCCACGCUUCCUCGGAUCUGUGCAGAUCUACCGCAAGCUCUUUGCCACCCUCGUCGACAACUACUCCCCCGUUGUGGACUCCAUUGUCGUCCGGCACGUGCAGACGAUUGGUGAGUCGGGGCUGAUGCAGUACGGAGCUCUGCUCAGCGCGGGGCUUAUGCGCGGGGUGGCCGCGUUGGGUGGGAUUGCGAAGACGCUGUUGGAGGCGUCCGCGGCGACGUCCGUGCCGGCAGCCUCGCUGCCCCGGCGCAUGUCGCAGGCACGCGAUGACACUGCUCUCGAAACCGCUUACGGCGAGCACGUAGAGGCCGUUCCACCACCGCUGCCGCCGGCGCGUCAGUCGCCGCCUCCCGCGCGCUCCCGCGCGAUACAGCCGCCGUCGCUCUUUGAAGAUGAAGGUGAAACUUCCCCCUCCUCGUCCUCGGAUGUGGAGUACACCUUUGAAGAGGUGCGAGCGAGGAAUGCGCGCUCGUGGAGUGAGGCCGACGACAACAGCGAGCCGGUGCUCGGACUCGGUGUGACGAACCGGCUCUAUCGCGAACCCGAGACGGUGGUCAAUCGUGCACGCUACAAAACGAACCGCACCAACCCUUUCGAUGACUAA